CAUUCACUCCGCCCGACGCGCCGAGGGCGGGUGCUCCCGGCCGCGCUCCUAUCGGCGGAAGUGUCGCUACCCCAGUUCCGGCGAACGGGUCGCGCCGCCGGGACGGCACUGGGCAUGGCGCUGUGGCUGCCGCGCUCCCGGGACGGCGGCGCCCCGGAGGAGGAGGACGAGGAGAGGGCACAGGCUGCCGCCUUCCGCCAGCGCUUGCCGGAGGUGCAGACGUACAGCCAAGGGAUUGAAUUAGCCUGCCAAAAAGAAAGAGAGUUUGUGAAGCACUCUGUAGAAUGCACAUGGAACCUAGCAGAAGCCCAGCAAAAAUUUGGUAGUUUAGCACUGCAUAAUUCAGAAUCCUGUGAUCAGGAGUCUGCUCAAGCAAGGACUGAAGCUGCUGAGUUGAGAUGGAGAGAGGAAGAGUGGAGAAGAAAAGAAGAAGCACUAAACCAGAGGGAACGACAGAAUCUAUGGAACACAGAUCCUGUUAGUAAAGAAGUUUUUAAUAAGAGUUUUAUUAAUCAAAAAAGAAAAGAAAUUGAAGAUGAGGCCGUGUCUGAACCACUUAUGCAAAAACAUGAACAAAAGAUUAGACAUUUCGGCAUGCUGAGCAGAUGGGAUGAUAGUCAAAGGUUUUUGUCUGAUCACCCAUACCUUGUAUGUGAAGAAACAUCUAGGUAUCUCAUGUUGUGGUGUUUUCAUCUAGAAGCUGAACAGAAAAGAGCUCUGAUGGAGCAAGUAGCACAUCAAGCAGUUGUAAUGCAGUUUAUAAUAGAAAUUGCCAGAAGCUGCAAUGUGGAUCCAAGAGGAUGUUUUCGUCUCUUUUUCCAAAAAGCCAAAACAGGAGAAGGCUACUUUGAGGCCUUUAAAAAUGAGCUUGAGGCAUUCAAGACGAGAGUGAGAAUCUGGUCACAAUCACAUGGCUUUCAAACUAUGUUACUCCAUGAUCUCAAUGUCAGUCCUGGUUGUGUGGGAGAGUGGACAUCUUUUUUACAGAACACAGGAGAUCUGCAGGGUUCCACAAACACAGACGUCUGCAGUUUCAACUCUGUGAUACAAAGAGAUGAAGAAGAAUCCAAAAUGAUGGACACAUUAUAGUGCUUUUAAGACUGAGCCCAAGUACUCUUUUAUGUCCCUUUUUUUUUUUUCCUUUUUUUUUUUUUUUUUCCAAAGAAGCAAACAUGGCUAUUUUCUUGACACUUAUUUUUCUGGGUACUGCACUUUAUUUUUCGUGUCAGAUUUUUGUUGGUUUUAUUUGAUUUGGGGGGGGAGGGACUUUGAAGGGUGGGUAAUUAAGAAAAAAAAAGUAAUAUGUUUGAAAUGUGCUGCUAGGUUUUUAGUUGUCCUUGAAGAGCAGGGUUCUUAUAUUGCCGAAUGUGAAACUGGAUGUGUUUUCUGCUACUAACCUUGCCUUUCAUGACUUUAGAGAUUAAACAUCUGCACAAAUACAAUGUUUACAAGAAGCAGCAGAUUCUUGGUAGAAUCUGCUAUUGUCUUACUACAGAUGUGGAUAUGUUUUACUCUGAAUAUUGGAGAUUGCAACUGUAUUCAUGCUAUUUUGCUGACAGUAUAAGCUCUCAAAUUUGGUUAUCACUAAUAGCAAUAAAUCAGUAUCUGGUAUCAGUA